AUGUCACUUAUCAUGGCUGACACUGACUACGAUAAUAUCACGGAACAACUCUGGUAUCAAGAUAGUGAUUAUAUCGUGCAUGCAACCACAGGUCUUUUACUUUCGUCCUAUCCAAACAAGAAGAUCGGCUUGGACUUUGAACGGAACGAUACAAACCAACGAUGGAUUCUCGAAGGUAAUAGUACGUUGACAGUUGCCAGUGAUAGUAAUAUGCAACUUGUUGUUGACGAGUCCGGUAAUGUAUCUAUCUCCAAAGUAGAUGAAGGUGGCCAAGGAGCAAACUGGGAAUUCGCACCGUUCACAUUAGAAGGACUUCCCCCAUGCGGCCUCAAACUACAAGAAAGAUACUUUGUCAUCCAACAUAAACACAAACCGUGUUACACUUUAUGCGCUGCAAAUAAAUCUAUGACGACGGACACGUUCGAUUUAGUAUACGAACACUAUGAUUUCGACCAACCAGGCCCAUGUUCUUGGUAUGAGAAAGGGAACCAUUUUGUUAAUGUUGCGUUUGAAAAUGUAACCAUUUAUACGUAUUUACAAAACCAGGAAGUCGUUUUGAAUGAGUGGGAUGCCUUUCAUGAAAAUGCAUCAACAUGGAUGUUCUGUGGGGAUGAAGUUGUGCGUCUCAAUGCGACGUUUAAUACAGAUACACAUGCACAGCCGAGUCCAAAUAGGGGUGAAGACACUGGCUCCUGGACCACACUUUUAAUUAGCACGCCUACAUUUUUCAAGGACAUAACGUGUCUAUAUAUUCUACCACCCCGAACCUUUGGACACAACAGGAGUCUAAAAUGUGAAGAGUUGCCAUGGUUACUUCAAAAUGACAUUCCACUUGACAUCCUUUGGUAUUACCGCGGACAUGGGAAAAUUGAGAGCUUUGAUCAAAAUUUCGUGAGUAGAGUCAUAAAUCUAGAAGAAGACAAUGACGUAGAACCAAUGGAACUUAUAAAAGUACAAAGGACAUGCAAGAGGGUGUUUUUCAUUCAAAACGACGAUUUCCCAUGUUCCGUACUGACAUAUCAAAAUGGAAUCUCCUUUUUGCCAUACGAGUUUGAUAGGAUUGCGCACCAAUUGUGGCUCUUGAGGGACGGUGCCUUGAUACACUUUAGCACAGGCGGUAGACUCACAAUAUCACCAGCAACACUAGAGAAAAGAAACAACCAGACUAUCGUGUCUACAACCCCAUGUAAUGUUCAUGUCGCAAUGAAUGACGUUAACCGUUGGCUGGAGUGUGACAACACCAAUAACUCAGCGCCAGUCUUCAAGGUGAUUCCAUUUGAACCUGACUACGUAACAAAAGUACAAUGUGUGUAUUUUAUACAAAACCAGGUCGUACCAUGCGACACUGUGGCUAGUCGAUCUAUGUGGAUGCAGUCAGGCACAUGUAAUGUUUCGAAUCUGGAGGCUCGUUCAGCUGAGCUGACAAAAUCAUCAAAAUUUACGGAUGGUCCAUCUGUUGGCUGCUCAUUGUCACUUUCAAGGAAUGUUAAUGGCUCUGAAACUUGUAGCCUUGCCCAAGUCGGUUAUGACGAGGGAGAAGCACUGAAGGCAAGACCGCUGUUAAAUGAAUUGGUGGGCAGACAGCUAUUCCACUGGAAAGAAGGAAAGCUAGUUAAUUUUAAAACAGGUCUUUUUGUAACAGUCGCAGCCUCUGACAAUACAUCAGCGAUUCUCCUGGAAAAUGAAGACACCCCGAGGCAAGCAUGGGAACUGAUAAACGACAAAUUCCGGUCAUCCAUUUCCGGUAAUCGUAAUCUUUUUCUCUCUGUUGAUGUUGAGAAUGACGGUUUGAUCAAAGCACUAUCUCAGAAUCCAAUGAGUAGUAGGCCUAGUUAUACCACCGAGAUUAACAGUCGACAAUCAUGGAGUCUUAUUGAAAUAAGGAAAGUGAUGAAUGACGCUAAUGCUGCGAAUUGUCCUCCUCUUCAUCAUGGUCGACAAGAACCAAGGAGGGUAUUUUUCAUUAAGCACAGCUCUGAACCAUGCUUAGUUCUCACAGCAACUGGGUUGGGAGAGCCCCCUGUUUUUAAAAUCUUCGAUAGGGAGAACUUUGCGACACAAGUUUGGUUUUUUGAAAAUGACCAUAUUAUCAAUGGUCAUUCUCGCCUUUCUCUCAUGUUAGAUGCGGAGGGAAUUGGUUCUACCAGGCUUGUGAUCAUGUGGCAUGUUUAUGAAUACUCGCGACUCCAGAGGUGGUCUAGGUAUGCCAAUGACUUUUCCAUAAACGACUUUGGAACAUCAUAUUAUCUAUAUCCAUAUGUUGAUUCAGAAGGAGCAAAGUCAGUGUAUGGAAAACUAAAUAUAGCGCAUGGCCGAUGGAAACUUAUAGAAAUGGACGACGAUGACAAUUUUCUCCAGGAAGUGACGUGUCAUUUUUUUCUGAAAAAUAUUCUCACUCCGUGGUCAUACGAAAACGUUGUUGUGCGACCAAUCCAACAGGAACUUGUGUACCAUCAACUUUGGUAUUUCGAUGACAAGAGAAUAAGAAACCUCGAAUCAGACUUAUACCUAACCAAGCAGGGAAAUCGUCUCAUUCUAACUCCAUAUCUCCGAAGCAGUCGUUAUCAGUUCUGGAGACAUGCGUCACUUCAACUAAUCCUUGAGUAUGACAACACUUACGUGGGAGUUGAAGAAGGUACGGGGGAUAUAACACUUGAUCGAUGGCGAUCGUCGAGAAGACAACAAUGGAGGAAGGUCGAUGAAAAUGUUGGCAACGAAAAUCCUCAAGAACAGCUUCAAUGCGCAAGUCAAUCAACUCCUGAGCUGUAUGUUAUCAGAAGUGAGAAUGGUGAUUGUCCAAUUUUGACUGAUGAUGGCACCUAUGCAAAAGUGCGCAAUGUGGAGUCUCCAAGUGAGAAAGAUAUAUGGGUUCGUUACGAGGAUCAUGUAAUGAACUACCAAAGUCAAAAUAUGCUGUCUGUACGUGGUGUCGGUUAUAAAUACGUGUAUAUGAAGGACAAAAUGGGGUCACAUCAUCAGGCUAAGCAACACUGGAGAUUUUAUAGUUAUGACGGCAGCAUUCAGUCUGGAUAUAAGCAUGGUCCGAGGUGGCUUACUCGCCGCAGCUCAAAUGGUGUUAAAGUCGCUAGUAGUUAUUAG